AUGUCCAAUGUGAGUUUAUGUGUGCAUAUUACUUUUGAAACAAGUGCCAGUAACUUCGGGGUGUGGUUUUUUGCACAGGAAACAACAGCUUUCGGCAAGUGUGCUUUUGAACUUCACUUUUUUUCUCCAUAGUACAUCACCUACCGAACGAUGUCAUUUUCAAGCUUAUUGUAACAUAUAAUGUUACUUCAAUGAAGUGAAAAUAUUUUCACCCAUAUGGUGUAGCAAUUACCCAUAGAAAAUGAAAAAAAAAACAAAAAAAACAAAAAGAAAACAAAAGAAAGAGAGAGGUAGCAUUUCGAAUUUUAAAAUCUGCUUUCUUCGGAUUCCACAGCCAGGCAGACAUCUGAAUUUAAAAAGAGGUUCGUUUAAGAUCAGUUACGUAAGGCAAGAGCGCCCGGGAAAGCCCGGGUAAGCGAUUGUGGUGUACUGUAAUCAUGCAAGUCUAACGACUUUUUUCACACUUGUAAUCGAAUAGUACAGAUUAAAUCACGACACGAGGUCGCUCGUGGUUUUUGUCGUUAUAAAUUGUAUCCACGUUUGUUAAUGAGUUCACUUUAUCAAAGCAAAAGAAGCGAAAGGUUCUGACUUUGUCGUCUGCUAGUAAGUGGUUUUUAUUUCGUAGAGGUACAUUAUAACUUAGGUAUCUCUCUGGUUUCCUUUCUGACGGGACUUUAAAUAUUGGGAAGAAUCAGCUCCCUUCUUCAUAAGCUUUCAUAGACUUUAUCGUUCAAGCAAAGAAAGGUUUUUAAGUUUAGUUUUGUUUUUUCAAUUGUCGCUGUGGGUAUGUAGUUUUUUUAAACCUGCCUCACUGCAAUUUGAAACACCUAAAUUCCAAGAACUUGAGCAAGUUUUUUUAACACUUACGGGGUAAAAAUAGUACAAUUUAUCGUGCACAUAAAGACCAGUUCACCUCUGUUGGAUAUCUUUUUCACAACAGGUGUGUCUUAUUUUUAAAGAAGCAGAAAAAGUCAGGCACAAUUUUUAAUUUGGAUUGGUAAACGUCCGUUUCUUUCCCGAAUAUCCUGGGUCCCCUGGUUUUGUCUUUCUUGAAUAUUACCACAUGAACUACAUACGGAAAACAAAACAUACAGGCCAAAGAGGUCUAUUCCCAAGGCGUUCUUUUAUUUUGACGCAAGUUAACUUGAGACUGAUGUACAUUUCUGUCUUUUUUUAAGGAACGCGAUGACAGUUGCGAGCAGAGGUAGAGAGCUUGUCAAGCUCGUUUUGCUGUUAAUGAGUUUUUCAAGUAUUCUGGCGAGUGGCUACGACGAUCAGUCAGGUAUUCCAUUUCGUUUGGUUACACGUAACUAAGGCGAAAACAAAUUACAAGAAAUCAGCACCAUAGUGAACGUAAAAACAAUUACCUCCUUACGUAUCAAGGGCCCUAUCCAGCCCCUGUGUGGAGGGGUGCUAAUUGGAGGGGUGGGGCUGGGGAAGUAGCUGGUAUGAAUUUGGAAAGCGCUUUGUCCAAAAUUAGAUGCUUCUCACUUGAUUUGUCAUUGCACGAGUUUCUCUUUCCUUCCCUCAAUGUGCCCAACUCUCUUACCCGAGUUCAUUUCUUGCCUGUACUCAACGUGUAUUUCACCUUGUGAGUCCAAGCGGCUUCACGAACCGGCGUACGACUUAUAACCGUUAACCCUUAAAACCCUAAGAACAAAAUUUGAAUUCUCAAUUUUUGCUCUUUUCAUUUCCUACAGUAGUUGGGAGAAGUUCAUAAAAUAUCAAGCAAAUUCAUCUUGUGUGAUCAUGUCUGUAAUUCUCAUGACCACUCUGUUUUGCAAAGCAUUAAUAUUACAAGGAGAAAUUUGAUGCUGAUCACUCUUAGGGCUUAAAGGGUUAAAUAAACAUACCUACAUAAUUGGAGUUAAUCAGCAACGCUCAUGUGUCAUAAAUCAUGCUAACAGGAACUUUAUUUCACCAGCAUGCGACUCUCCCCUUGCUGCGUCAGUCCCUGAUAACAGAUGGACGGCGUCGUCGACAUUGGACACGAUCAAGUUCGGUCCUCACCUGGCUCGGCUGAGCAACACAGUUGAAACUGUCGGCUGGUGUUCUCCCUUUAGUAAAGAGAAGAAAAAAAGACCGUUUAUAGAGGUCAGAAUCUUUCGAUUCAUCUUACGUUUGUUUUGUAUUGAUCUAGCCUGUCCAAAAUUUGCUCGCCCAUUUCACCAUUCCGUUGCCCAGUACCGAAAUGUCCGGAAAAAUUGGGGCCAAGCUGAAUGGAAAACUUUGGUCUAACGGACCCAGGUACAUCAGUUGUGGUAAUCAGUUAAAAUUCUAUUCUCCGUUAGGCUCGAUUACCAGCCGCUGUUCGUGAAAUGAGCCUGCGCUCCUCCCCACCCACCCCGCCCCCCUCCGAACAGACGGCCGUCUCCUCUCAGGGAGGACCUAGAGAGCAGCGGAAAUCGAUCCUAAUCGUUUGUUUUCUCGGCGAUACCUCUGGAAUAAGCACUGUAUUCACUACUUGACCCCGAGCCAUCCUUUUUUACUUCCACAGCUUGACUUAGGUCAGAACAUGCGUAUUACGGCCUUAUCCACAGCUGGAGUCUUGAUUAAGAGCCAAUCAACUGGAAACUACAGCUUUAUGUACGCGUCACAGUACUUCCUGUCCUACAAGCGUGAGGACGACAAGACGUGGAGGCGUUACCAUAAAAAUGACGUGUCUGUGACGGUGAGAUACCAGCCGUUUUUUCACGUUUUUAUGCUUCACUUUCAUUUAUCGUGUUAUUUUUCUAAAUAAUUAUUUAACUAAUACUGUUUGGAGUAUAAGCUCAUAUCAACAUUCCAGUCCUAACAGUAACCUGCCCACCUACCCCUCCCCUAAGCCAACAUUUUGCCCUAAGUGAGAAGUAAGUGUUAAUGUUGGCUUAGGGGAGGGGUAGGUGGGCAGUUCCCAGAAACGUAACUGUGGUAAAUGAAGUUCUCGUCUCUCGGUUACAUGCGAUUGCACUGUUAGAACUAACUGUGAAUGCCUCAAGUGGUCAUCAAAUGACUUUGUGUUGGUUAAAGAAUUAAUCGUGAGCCACCAGACUGGCGUACAAUCACUCGACAUUAAAAUAAGUGUUUUCUUCCUGCAGCUGAUAAAAGUCAACAGUUCUGAGAGUCACAAGCAGGAGUUAUUAACACCUCGCAUUGCGCGCUAUAUUCGACUGGUGAUUGUUGAUGUAGUCGGAGAAAAUUUGUGUUUGAAGAUGGAAGUACACGGGUGUCCUUGGACCAAACACGGUGAGCAUAACUCCUCUUGAACUCGCAUUUUUAUUUCUGUUCCUUUGAUAAUGGCGUCAUGAUGUCGCCGAAACGUAGGAACAUUGUCUCGUUACUUUUCACAUGUUUAAAUAACAAAUAAAUAAAUAAACAACGAUUUUGGGGUAGCACCUCCAAAUAGUGGUUCUUCGUAUACCAUUCCUGGUCGAAUUGGAGUUUUAAAAUGUUGGUUUUUAAGGAGAGGGGAAACCGGAGUACCCGGAGAAAAACGUCCCGGAGCAAAGUAGAGCCGGAACCAAUUCCAAGCAGCCCUUCCAUCAUAAUCAUAAUAAUAAUAACUAAUAAUAAUUUAUUAAUUUGCUAUAGUGCCUUUUAACAUAAAGACUAGAUGAUCAAAAGAGCAUUUUCUAUAUUAUAAAAUGAAUCAAUGAUAAAUAAACCCGAUAAAAGGUAAAAUGCUAUUAAAAAUUACAUAAAUAAAAUGACAAUCAAAAACAGUAUAUUUAAAACUAUGUAAAAGCUAAUCUUAUGUGUCAUGACAUGUCUCUGAAAAGCACCCAGUGAUAACGGAUAUGUGCGAGAAGGCUGUUCCGCAAUGUAGGGGCGGCAGCGGAAAACGAAAAUCAUUAGACUAAACCAAGCAAGUCAUCAGGCCCCUAAUAUAUCCAUUGAAACCAAUUGCGCUAUCUACUGGAUAGUGAUUUAUUAUCCGGUGGAUAGCGUUAUCCACCUCUCGAACAAGUGGGGCUAGGUGUUAAUCAUGUAGUUCAUGUUUAUGUUCACAGAUGGUUUGAUUUCGUACAAGAUAUCCCAGGGAAAUGUCCGAGCGGCCGGCAAACCCGGCUGGUCGUUCCUACGGGACAAAGGUUACGAUGGCAAUAGACUCGCCUUCGGGACGAAGCUAGGAGUCCUUUACAAUGGACUGGGCCAGUUAUCGGACGGAGUGACAGGUAACUUGGCAGACUGGAACGAUACUGGAAAUCCAGACUGGAUUAAAUGGAUCGGUUGGAAGGACUCCUUGACUCCUAAUCCUACUAUUACGUUCCAAUUUUCCGCGCUUCGUCGCUUUUCCAGCGUGCGAUUUCACAUCCUGAAUCUACCAGGUCAGCACGAGAAAAUGCUUUUCAGUAAAGUGAUACUUUCCUUCUCCAAAGACGGCGAAUAUUUUUCCUGGAAGACUAUUUACGAGCCCAGCAUCACCAAGAGAACGUCAAUGUGUAACCGAGCGUUUUGGAUCGAGGUCAACCUCGAGGGACAUGUUGGCAGGGACGUGACGUGUGAUUUUCAGUACUAUGGCCGGUGGGUGCUUAUCAGCGAGGUGGAAUUUGAGUCAGGUAAUUUCUUUCUUCCUUCCAAGAGCGAUUUUUAUAUGACGUGACAGAUCCAAAACCGUCAGACGGCGGCCUUGUUGCUGUGUCAAGCCAAUUUUGUGGGAGUUCAACUCCUUUCUUAUGCACACGCUUUCUUUGGUUUCGAGUAUCUCCGACUAGGCGGAAACCUAUCACUAAGUGACGCAGCGUCAUAUCUAGGUUUCUAUAUUUAGGUUUCUAUGCAUGCAAAAUUUCAAAUACCCGCCCAAUCCAAUCUAGAAGGUUGAUCCUCUCGCCAAAACCUAGCGUUCUUACUUUUCAAAUUUGUGUAGACGAGUCUAUAAUUAGCUAACAUGUAAUAAGCUUCGACCCAGGCCUUCAUUUUGCGAGAUGAACGCUCCGGGGCUAUGGGAUCCUGUUGAAGGAGAUGGGUAAAUUCGUAAGAUAGAGUCAGCAAUAGCGUAGAGCUUUUGAUGAUCAAUCUUCUGACUUAGGGAGUUUUAGUUUGGGGUAUCACCCCCGUCACUUCUGUGAGGUAUUACCCCACCAGCCCCGCAAGUUUAACACUGAUCGAUUGUUACCUGCUAGUCGGUUAUUCGCUAAAGUGAUUUGUUGGUUUGUCAGUUUGGGCUUGGGAGGAUAACAAGUUUAACAGACAAAGGAUUUUGUUGUUUUUACCUCUAAAAUCCACAGUUGAGAUCUCACGUGGUGAUGGCGUUCUCGAGAAAAGUAGCAUUGCACCUCUGACUACAUCAAACAAAGUGGUCACGGUUUUAGUCAACACAACGGAUGAGAUCAAAGUGGAUGGUGAGUCCCUAAUCUUAAGUUAUGUUGCUGUUAAGUUGGAAUGUACGGGGUACCUAUCACGCUAUUAAAGCGGCUACGUCACGCUGCUAGCUAUCUUUUCUAAAAAGCUAGUCCAUUUUCUAGAUGACAUGGUUACCUCUAAUCAUUAUGUUGUCGUUUGUUUCCCAGAAUCCAGUAAAGACAUCGCCUCAGACGAUCCCUGGAACAGAGCCUUGAUCGCGGGUUUGGCCGCAGGGGUGGUGGGGGCAUUGAUGUUAUGUGCCCUUGCUGUGUUAAUCUGCCGCCGCCGAAAACGGCGAACGCGCGCCGAAGAAAUCUUCGACCGCAAUCCAAUCAGAAUCGUGAACCCAAGCAAGAAAAACUCACUUAACCAUAGGAACGAUCCAGGCGCCGCAAUGCGCUUCGACAAGCUGAGGAUGCUAGAGAAGGGAGAUGAGGAAGAGGAAGAUGAAGAAGAGGAGAUGGGUUCUAUGUCGGAAAAGUGCAACUUGAAUAACAUUAGCAACAUGGAAAUGAGAGACUUCCUCAAAGGUAAGUAACCAAGUGAUCCCACAUUUUUCUCUUUGUUCUAGAAACAGCAACUGUUUUUUAAAUUUCUCUUUCCUACGCCCAUUUAUCUUUGAUACGUGAAGUUGCGUAGCGGAACGAUCUCUGAGAAUUAGCUAUUCCUCUCCCAGCUGUGACCAUAGUCAAAAACCAAUAAAAAGAUCAAAUCUCCUCGCGUUUUAACGUGUGACAGCACUGCGGAAGAGGUUUUACUUGGGAUGAUGGUAUCAUAGAAUGAUGAUAUCAUAUAAUGAAUAACUAGAAAAUUCUAGGCUAAAGGUCACUUCAAGCGUUAUUUUAGGCUAACAUUUACAGACAAACAAAGUUGCUCUUUCACUCAGCAUCUAAACACCUUCUUCGCUCUAUCUUCGCUUUUCAGUCGAUGAAAUGGCUUGCAGAAAUCUCCGGCCUGAGUCCACCGAAAUCUCUAUAGAGGAAGAGAAAGCAGCAGUCCUCGAGGAAAUGAGAAAAGUCAGUGAAAGCAGUGAUGAUUAG